GAUUGGGCCACCCGAGUAUAUUUGUCAGAGUACCUUAUCGGGGUAUUCUUCUCCUUCACGUGAUACAAAAGGACACACAUAUUUUGGACCACAGCAUUUAGUAAGAAUUAUAAUAUCGCUACUGUUACAACAACAGCCACAACCACUUCGAUAUUACAGAUAGCUGUGUGCAGGAACCGGAAAUAUGAGUGUCCGGUGAUGCGGACAAGACGAGGGUCAAGUACACCGAUACAGUCUCGUGUAAACUUAACAUGACAUCUGCCUAAUGCUGCUUGGACUUAAUCUCCAACACAAUACACAGAGACACAAUGCCGAAGGACCGACCGGUGUGCGUGAGGAUGGUACUUGUGGGGGACAAGUUUGUGGGAAAAUCCAGUCUGGGGUCGUUCUACGUUCUUGGAUAUCUGCCUUGCGAUCUGCUGCAGAUGGGACAAAUGAAGAAUAAGACAAUCACAAAGAAUGGCAGACUCUACACCAUCAACCUACUGGAAACUGGAUCAGGGGAUGAGUAUGACCGCCUGCGACCAUUGGCCUACCCAAAUGCUGAGGUGAUGUUACUGUGUUUUUCAGUGGAGAAGAAAGAAUCACUGGAACUGAUUCAAACCAAGUAUUUUGAAGAAGUGCUGUUACACUGUCCUCGUGUACCCCAGCUUCUUGUUGCAUGUAAAACAGAUCUGAGAGAGACUUGUGAGGACACGGUAUCGUAUGAUGAAGGGGCGGCUAUGGUCAAGGUGCUAGGAUGUAGAUAUUACGAGACCAGCAGCAUCAACAACACGGGAGUUGAGGAGUGCAUCAAUGCAGCGAUAGAAGAAGCAGAGAGCUAUAAGCUGCUUGUACAGAGGAAACAAAGGCGAUGCACCGUAUUGUAACGCCAGGACCGAUCGAAUGGUGUGGAGCCAACUUUUCACAUGAAAGUAUUCUACUGCCUUAUGUUGUGAGGGUCCGAUGAAUUCGCCUAUCUAUUUGACAGAAGGUCCUGCUAAAACUCAUUGGCUGUGGAAGCAUGUACUCUGUACAUGAAAUGUGAAAGGUGUAUCUGGAAAGAAGAUUAUUAUUCGUUAAAGAAUAUCUCAUUUGACAUUCAGCAAACCCCGUAAGUUGGAAUACUCUGUCGUACAGCAAACCCCGUUAGUUGGAACACACUGUCUUAUAGCAAACCCCGUUAGUUGGGACACCAUGUCAUACAGUAAACCCCGUAAGUUGGGACACACUGUCGUACAGCAAACCCCGUUAGUCGGAACACCAUGUCACACAGUAAACCCCGUUAGUUGGAACACCCUGUCUUACAGUAAACCCCGUUAGUUAGGACACACUGUCGUAAAGCAAACCCCGUUUGUUGGAACAACCUGUCUUAUAGCAAACCCCGUUAGUUGGAACACCCUGUCUUAUAGCAAACCCCGUUAGUCGGGACACCCUGUCUUAUAGCAAACCCCGUUAGUUGGGACACCAUGUCUUAUAGCAAACCCCGUUAGUUGGAACACCCUGUCUUAUAGCAAACCCCAUUAGUUGGGACACACUGUCGUACAGCAAACCCCGUUGGUUGGAACACCCUGUCUUAUAGCAAACCCCGUUAGUUUGGACACUCUGUCAAACAAGUUAAUCCCCGUUCAGACACUUUGUCAUUCAGUUAACCCCUGUUAGUAAGAGGUCCCUGUCAUGCAGAAGAUCCCCGUUGGAUGAAACACCCUGUCAUACAGUAAACCCCGUAAGUUGGGACACACUGUCGUACAGCAAACCCCGUUAGUCGGAACACCAUGUCACACAGUAAACCCCGUUAGUUGGAACACCCUGUCUUACAGUAAACCCCGUUAGUUAGGACACACUGUCGUAAAGCAAACCCCGUUUGUUGGAACAACCUGUCUUAUAGCAAACCCCGUUAGUUGGAACACCCUGUCUUAUAGCAAACCCCGUUAGUCGGGACACCCUGUCUUAUAGCAAACCCCGUUAGUUGGGACACCAUGUCUUAUAGCAAACCCCGUUAGUUGGAACACCCUGUCUUAUAGCAAACCCCAUUAGUUGGGACACACUGUCGUACAGCAAACCCCGUUGGUUGGAACACCCUGUCUUAUAGCAAACCCCGUUAGUUUGGACACUCUGUCAAACAAGUUAAUCCCCGUUCAGACACUUUGUCAUUCAGUUAACCCCUGUUAGUAAGAGGUCCCUGUCAUGCAGAAGAUCCCCGUUGGAUAAACACCCUGUCAUACAGUAAACCCCAUUAGUUGGGACACCAUGUCAUACAGUCAACCCCGUUAGUUGAGACAACUUGUCAUACAGCAAACCCCAUUAGCUGGGACACCUUGUCAUACCGUAAAUCCCGUUAGUUUGGACACCCUGUCACACAGUAAACCCCGUUAGUUAGGAUAUUCUGUCAAACAGUAAACCUCCGGCCUUUAUUUGGGACACCCUGUCAUACCGUAAUCCCCGUUAGUUGGGACACCCUGUCAUGCAAACCCCGAGCCAGACACUUGUCAUUCAGUAAACCCCUGUUAGAAGGAACACACUGCGGUGCAGGAGAGCCCCGUUAGUUGGGACACCCUGUCAUGCAAACCCCCAGCCAGACACUUUGUCAUUCAGUAAACCCCUGUUAGUAUGACACACAGCGGUGCAGGAGAUCCCCGUUAGUCGGGACACCCUGUCAUAAAGUAAACCUCCGUUAUUCCAAUGAAUAAUUAACGAUAUUUGUUAAGUUGGACAAACUAGGAACGAGAAUGUCAGGAUUAACCGGGUUUCACUGUAUAUACGAAGUAAAGAAGAGUAUAGUAUCAAACCAGAAAUAUUUUGUGAAUUUUUUGGCAAGAAUUGAAUCAAUUUGAUCAACUUAUUUUUUUAGAUUUCAUUUCACAGUGUGUAAAUAGCGUGGAAUUCUUUUUAACAAAGUCACGUCGUCACAUAAAAUGGCGGUCACGACAAUACAAUAAUUUUUCAUCCCAAAGGUAUGAACAGAAACGUUUUGCUGUCUAUUUCAGCAACUGAUAUGACACGUGUAUCGUGAUGGUUACUAAUAUGUGCGAGCGACAAGGGCACUGGAAGAGUUGUCAUCACACAACGGCGAUCGUUGGGACGAGUGGUGCCCUGUGACUCACUGCAAGACCAUAUCCGUGAUGACUGCUCCUUCAGACAAAAAUCCUCUUUGUAUACGGGUGCGCAUAUAUUGAUUCAAAAGCUAGUAAAUCAUCUUAAAAAAUACGCCAACAACAGUAGCUUUUACAGCUUGUGUAUUUGAUCAUUAACACACAAAAAAC